AUGGCUCGCACAGGCUUCUUUCACCAUAUCGGCUCGUUCCUUCUUUUCGCAGCCACCGUGCUGCUCAUUAUAACAGACAUUUCCGCUCCUGUUGUCAAUGAUCUCUCUCUGCUAAAGGUCGACCUGGCAAACUCCAACGACCGCCAACCUACCAUAACCUUUGGCACCUUUGGCUACUGCACCAAAGGCACUACGGUCUCUGCAUGCAGCAAGUCCCAUAUCGGCUAUGACCCCAUCUCGGUGGUUGAGAACACGGUGCAAGGCGUCAGCUACCACGUGUAUGCCGCCGACACGUCCAAAGGCCUGACAAGGGUCAUGGUCCUUCACCCUAUCGCCACGGGGCUGGCCUUCAUCUCGUUCCUCCUGGCCCUCGGUGCCGGCAUCGUCGGCAGCUUCCUCGCGUCGCUGGGCGCGCUCGUCACCUUCAUCGUCACGCUCGUCGCCCUCGUUUGCGACUUCGUCUCGUUCAGCAUCAUCAUGCACGAGGUCAACAGCUCCAACAAUGGCAGUCGCGCCCACUGGGGCGCCGCGAUCUGGACUAUCCUCGUGUCCGCCGUCUGCUCGCUGCUGGCUACCAUCAUCCUGUUCUUCACGUGCUGUAGCGCGCGCAUGCACCGCCGUCGCGAGGCCCGCCGAGUCAAGUACUAA